UUUUUAGUGUAACAUUCGCAAGUAUUCAGAAUGUCUACCAGUGUCCGAACUCCACUGCAGACUGUUCAUGAAUCUGUUACAACAGAAGUUCCAGAUCCAGCUGAUUUUAAAAAGGUUGUAAAGCAGAGAGAUGGAGAUCGCUUGAGGCGCUUCGAGCCUAACCCUCGAAGUCGUACUUCAGAAGAACCUCACAUUGGACGUUACCGUCUCUUGAAAACAAUAGGUAAAGGAAACUUUGCCAAAGUAAAGCUAGCUAAACAUCUUCCUACAGGAAAAGAGGUGGCUAUAAAAAUAAUUGACAAGACUCAACUAAAUCCAUCCAGUCUACAAAAGUUAUUCCGUGAAGUAAGAAUUAUGAAAAUCCUGGAUCAUCCAAAUAUUGUUAAACUCUUUCAAGUAAUUGAAACAGAGAAAACAUUGUAUCUUGUGAUGGAAUAUGCUAGUGGAGGUGAAGUAUUUGAUUAUCUUGUUGCACAUGGGAGGAUGAAAGAAAAAGAAGCUAGAGCAAAGUUUCGACAAAUCGUUUCAGCCGUUCAGUAUUGUCAUCAAAAAAGGAUAAUACAUAGAGAUUUAAAGGCCGAAAAUUUGUUGUUAGAUGGUGAAAUGAAUAUAAAAAUUGCCGAUUUUGGAUUUAGUAACGAAUUUGUUCCUGGUCAAAAAUUAGACACAUUUUGUGGUAGUCCGCCUUAUGCUGCUCCAGAAUUAUUUCAAGGUAAAAAAUAUGAUGGCCCAGAAGUUGAUGUCUGGAGUUUAGGUGUAAUACUAUAUACUCUCGUAAGUGGUUCGCUACCAUUUGAUGGAGCAAAUCUUAAGGAACUUCGAGAACGUGUUCUACGAGGGAAAUAUCGUAUUCCUUUUUACAUGUCAACAGAUUGUGAGAAUCUCUUAAAAAAAUUUUUAGUUUUAAAUCCUAGCAAGAGAGCUUCUUUAGAGGCUAUAAUGAAAGAUAAGUGGAUGAAUAUUGGGUAUGAUGAGGAAGAUGAACUCAAACCAUAUGUAGAACCAGAACCAGAUUUUAGUGACACUAGAAGAAUGGGUAAGCAAGAAAUUUUGGUAUCUAUGGGUUACACUCAAGAUGAAAUCAAUGAUUCUCUUAGAAGCAAAAAGUAUGACGAUAUAAUGGCUAAUUAUUUACUUUUGGGCAAAAGAACUACUGAGAAUGACAGUUGUGAUUCCCAGUCUAGCUCUAGUUUAUCACUGCGCACAUUAAAAGCACCUUCUGAGACCACAACUAAUAGUCAGUCCCCACCGCACAUCAAAGUGCAGCGUAGUGUUUCGGCUAGUAGUAAACCCCGUCGUUUCAGUCAUACCAAUCAGACUCCUGUGACUAAUGGUCCUCCUCCGUCCUUUAAGAGGCAAAAUACUCUUGAAGCAGGCACUGUUAGAGAAAACCCUCCAGUUACCACCUCACUUGGAUCCCCUACUAUUUCAACUGGUCCAAGGCCUGCAAAGACUAAUCAAUUAACUCAAGAAAAUUCAAGUUCAGUUCCAUCUGGGGGUAGCAGCCCUUCCAAAGUAAUAGCAUCCACCACCCGCAAAGCUCAUACUCCAUCUGCUAGUGCUAAAUCAAACUACAGUGGUAUUCCUCGACGAAAUACUUACAAUUAUAGUGAAAAUAAGACUUUAUCAUCUGACAAAUCUGAUAGCCAGGAAACUUCAAAUAGUAACAUCCCAUUACUUGGAGAUAGAACUCCUGUUCCUAGACCUAAGGGACAUACAAAGUCGGCCUCUGUUUCAUGCACUGGCCGACCGGAGCUUUCAUCAUUUGAUUCAUCAGAUCCACUUAGACCAAGCACUGCAGCUAUUGCAAAACAGCCUGCAGCAUUGUCUCCACUGCCAGCUGUCAGCAGGGCAUUUCCAAGAGGCACUGCUAACAGAAGUACGUUUCACAGUGGUCAGACGCGAGAAAGACGUCAGGGUUAUUCAUGCAAUGGACCCCAGGGCGGGCAUCCUUUAAAUACCGAAGACAUGUCCUCCAUGAAUCAUGCUGGAAGACAGUCAUUUUUUAGCAAGCUUUCACUCAAAUUUAGUAAAAGCAUUCUGAGGCAAAGGAUAUACUGUCUUUUGCUUAAAGGACCGAUGCUGAUCAGACGCUUACAAGGCCUGGUUUUAAUUGCAUCACUAUGAAAUGAUCCACCAUGCAGUUUCUCCACCUGCUCUUCUCAUAAACAAAGAUAACAUCUUUGGAAGUCACCAAGUGUCUUAGCUUUUGCAUGAACUAUUCCAUAUGUUUUUUGCAUGAAUUCUUCCACUGUAGUUUCCAGAAUCAAUCUGUGAUUAAAUGUAAUGUGUACUAACUGUUAGUGUUCUAAAAAAAUAAUGCAUGGUGUUAUGCUUUUGAUUAUUGUGAACCAUCUUAAUGUUUUUUAAUUGUGAAAAUGAAAAUUUCUUUAUUUCUUUUUUCCCUUGUGAAAGUUGCAUAAAUUAUUAAUUUUAAUUUAAAUAAAUGUACAAAAACUUUUUAGUUUUUCUGCGCAAAAUUCUCUUUAGUUCAGAAAAUCUUACAAUAAGCAUGUAACAUUUAAGUGGAGAAUUUAUCUUUUGUUUGUAGGUGCACAUUUCAUUCAUCAUUAUUUAAUAAUGAAUUUGUAUUUAAGUUUUAUAAUAAUUAACUUUGUGAAUAAUUGCUAAAAUAACAGUAGAGAUUUAUUUAGAUAGUAGAUAGUUGUAUUACUUACAUUUCAAACUUGCAGUGACAUUAUGACAGAAAUUAUGAUUUAAUUGAGUUACUACAAAAAUAUUUUAUAUAUCCAUAAUAUAGAAAUGUGUUGUAAUAUAAAAAUAUUUCAUAUUUUUUUAACUAUAUUUUGCUUUCAUAAGAAUAUUUACUUAUUUGUAAAGUGUGCAGUAAAUAUUAUUAAGCCUUUUUUUUUUUUUUUUCUUUUUGCAUUGUUAAAUAAAAUAAUACAUUUUAGCACAUGGCUUGAAAUUUUACAAAUGUCUUCCAAAGCACCUUCAUCUUACAUUCUGAAAUAUUUUCGCAUAAUAUUUUAAUGGAAUGUGGAUUUACGUGGUUAGGCUUUAAAAUAUAUACCCUGCUUUUAUAACUUGCUGCAUGUAAAACAUUAGAAUUAUUCAGUUAAUUAAAUUUGCAUGCUAAACUUUUUAGUAACUAAUUUACUGAUUUUUGUAGGUUAUAAUAUUCUGAAAUUCCUUUCUCUGCAUUGCCCUCAUUUACACUUCUUGGGAAUAAUAAUAAUAAUAAUAAAAUAAUAAUAAUAAUAAUAAUAAAAACAACUCUCACACUCAACAUAACUAAAAUAAACUUAUUCUUUUUACAUUUUAACUCUUAAACUGAAAUGGUGUGAAACUUUUCAUAUUGAUGCAGGAAAAUUUACUGUGUAUUAAAAUUUUGCAAACAGAUUUAACUGUCAGAAAAUAAUAAUAAAUUGUGAUAUUGUGAUAGAAGAUAAAUUCUUAAAAUGUAUAGCUUUAAAAAAAACAUAAUAGUGAGAAAUGCUUUUAUAGUGUACAUUCACUUGUCUUGUGACUUUUCAUUUUAUUUUUGGAAAAAAAAAUCUGAAUAUAAUUUUUUUUAAAAAAACUUUGCAAACUUGUCUUUUAAUAUAUUUAUUUUUCUUGUUGAAAAUUACUUUCCAUUAAAGAAUAAUAAUAUUUAGUUUUAAUUGUGAAUUGCUAUAUUAGAUUAAAAAUAGACAUGUGCCAUGUCAGUUACUUGAUUAAGUGAAAGCAAAAAUUCCAUUUGUGUGUUGCAUUCAAAGUUUGAUUUUUCUAAAUUAACUAACUAUGUGCCAAAUGCUAAAAUGAUAUGUGCCUUGUGUAGCAGUUUGUUGAAUUUAUUUGUUAUUGUACAGAUUGUGUAUAUAUAAUUUUUUAAUAUAUUUUGUUUCUAUUAAACUGUGUCUGUUAGCUCUCUUUUAAAACUGUUGAACUUACUACGAUUUUGGUGAAGUUUGUACAGGAAUUUUAUUUAUAUUUCAAUAAAGAAUUUUGAAGUA